GAAGAGGGGAUGUGCACAAUUGAUCAUAGUAACGAAAACGCCUUUCGUUGAAAUACGGACGGCUUUUGGGCUGUUUUCGAAGCAAUUUUGCAUUUGGAAAAUUUCAACAGCAAAUGUCUAGACAGUGAACAGUGCUGCCAAAGUGUACCGCGUGGUCGACUUGAAAACAGAAUGACAUCGUUUGCCAAAGUAUGCAUGGAUUUGUCGAACAAUCUUCGAAGCCUUCGAUUCACACGUUCUGGUUCACCUGUACCACCGGACAGAAACAACAGCUUCACAAAGCCAAAUAAUAUCAGUAGCAGCACGUCAAAGACAAAAACACGAAUCGGAAAGUCAAAUGGGAGCGUUGUAAGCUUAAAUGAACCACGAACUACAGCAGUUGGAAGCCAUGAAUCUGAACAUCAGAAUGAAAAGCCUGGAGCUCAGGCCACACGUAGAAAUUCUGCUCAGGUGACCUCCCCUACACAAAUCAAAAACGAUACUUUCAUUUCUUCUGAAAUCAGACCCUCCAAUACUGAUCCAGCUAAAGGUCGAAAAAAUUCCGACCGUACUUCUCCCAAUCGUCCUCCGUCUUCCCCAAAGUCUAGAGGGAAACUGGGGAAGACUGUUGGUGAGUCCACAGUGAACCAUGUAAGUCUCCCUCUUCCGAACGGGGAUGCUAUGGGUGCAGAUAGAAUUAAUGUUACUGGAACCACUGAACACCACGAGCUGAGAUCUUCGACACGCUUCCGCACCAAAUACUCUUGUUCACCGACUGUGGGUCACCGAUCAGUAGCCAUACAUGCAAGUCAAGGUCGCAUCAGUGGUCACGAGGAUGCAUCGAUCCCAAUUAAAGGGAGAAGUUACAACACCUCGUCUUGUGCAUCACCAAUAUUCCCACAUCACGGGAUAACAGUUGCUGCAAUCAAACAGCGAUUAUUAAACCAGGGUCUAAAGCUGGACCUGACUGUUCCGGUUAGGAAAAUUCCGAAGUCGCGUUACCGAAACUGUUUUCGUCGACUUACUCGUGGUUACCCUUUGACAACAGAUGACUUGUGGCAAAACGAAAAAAUUCUUACAGGUAUUUUCGCACUGCUCAGUGGACGGGAAAUGUUAGCGAUGUGCAGAGUGUGCAAAUCUUGGUUUCAUUUAUUGUGCAAGUAUGGCUUCUGGAACAGAGUCGCGAUGACCCUUGAUAUUCGCAUGGUGUUAGCUCAGGCACAGGAGGAGACAAUGCAAACAAGCACGAUGAUUGACAGAGAAACCGACAACGACUGUGCUGCAGAUCCGGUUGAAACACAUCUUGAACGACGAAUUACCGAACGACUAAAGACAGCGGUCCUGAGGAACAUACAAAAUCUGACGAUUUCAUAUUUGGCUGAUCGAUGUGCCUUAGUAUUCUUGAAUUCUCUAACAAAAGUCUUACAGACGUCCUACGUCGAAAUGGUUGUAAAACCUGUGAGUAAUUCUUUUCAACGACCACUUCGGCUGGACACUCAGGAUACUCAUUUAGUAACGAUAAACAAAGGUAACUUUCCACCUACUGCGACGACCAACGUUUCGCCAGUUACCGAAGCACGACCUCCACUCUCAGAUAUAUCAUCGGCACCAGCGACAAAACCCCAGACAAUGAAAAAUUCCAAUUGUCCCGCUGAUUCACUCUUUUUCUCCUCCUUGAAGGGAGUGAGUUCAUCCAACAACGAAGCACCGGACUCUUCAUUCCAGAGUUUUUCAGAUUCUCCACUAUUAUCAGCUGCUCAGGGAGGAUCGAAUGUAAGUGAACAGGACAAAACCUUGAAGACAAUAUUCACCCAACUCAUCUUACGGGGUUGUUCAAUAACAGACUCUAACUUGGCUCAGAUCGUUAGGCUUUUGCAUGGCCUUAGUACCCUGGAAAUCCAAUGCUGCAACGAACUGACGGAACUUGCAUUUUGGACUUGUCUUGUUCCAACAAUUACUGAUUUGCGCGUGUUCGACUGCAUCAAUGUGUCGGAUGAAAGUAUGGGGGCCAUUACUCAACUCUUGCCCAAUUUAAAGCACCUUACCUUACAGGCCUAUCACGUGACGGAUUCCGCGUUCAGCUAUUUUAGCCCACAACAACGUACCACAUUGGAAACAGUGAGGCUGAUUCAGUGCAUGGAUCUUACGAAUCAAGCCGUCAUUAAUCUUGCUUUCGCUCUGCCCCAGCUACGACAUCUCAGUUUGAGUGGAUGUACCAAUUUAACUGACGACGGUCUGGACGUGGUUUGUGAAAAUUUGAAGCAACUGGUGGAACUUGACCUCUCCUGGUGCGCCAAACUGACUGACGGCGUACUCGAAUGCAUCGCUUGUGAUCUAUUAUGCUUGCAGAAGUUGAUCUUGGAUAGGUGGGUUAUGCGUAUAGAGGCAUGAAUGUAUGACAAUCACUGAUGUUGGGCUGGAUUACCUUUCAACCUUGUCCAAACUACACCAUUUGAGCUUGCGUUGGUGCAUAAAUCUCUCAGACGGUAUUAUUCCUCAUCUAGUCGGUAUGACUCAGCUAACGUUCCUCAGUCUUGCUGGUUGUAAACGAAUAAGCGAAGAUGGUCUGAGCCAGCUCGCUCGACAUCCGCGACUUCGGCGUCUGGAACUAACACACUGCGCGGGAGCCACUCGUCGUGUGAAAGCAUAUCUGAUGGAAAAUUUGACCGAAUGUCGGAUACUCGAUUGAAUGCUGCAAACAUGUCCGUUCAUCGAAUCAAACCAUGAGCAUUCCGUCACGAGAUAACUGGCACGCGUAAUCUGAAUAAUGCUCUGAAGAACGGUACCGGUGGGACGACGCAAGGGUCACCAAAGUCAAACGUGAAAUCAUCCAACAAAUCUGCAGCAAUCCAGACUACCUGGAGAUAUCCAAA